AUGGCUCCCGCUUUGGUUGAGACGACUACUACCACCAACGACAAACCGGUUCCGGAAUUUGUCUACAGGCUUGAUGGACAGUACAAGGAGAUUGACUUGACAUACAUUGACAAGGACGCUGAAGAGGGCAAGGCCGGCGGACCUGCUGCCAAGUACCCUCACUACCUCCCAACAUGGAACCCGGCUCAAAAGUACCCUCCUCUCACGCCGUUUGAGCACUACGAGCACGGAAAGGAUGCCGACACAUCCUACCCCAACCUUCUCCCCAGUGGAGUCAAGGUCACUGACCUCACUCCACACAUUGGCUCCGAAGUGAGAGGCAUCCAGCUGUCCUCCCUCAGCGACGCCGGCAAAGACGAGCUGGCUCACUUCGUCGCCACGCGCAAGGUCGUGGCCUUCCGAGACCAGGACUUCGCCGACCUGCCCAUUGCCGACGCGCUCAAGUUUGGCUCCUACUUUGGACGACACCACAUCCAUCCCACGUCUGGCUCUCCCGAAGGCUACCCCGAGAUCCACCUCGUUCACCGCGGCGUCAACGACAAGGGACAUCUGGACUUCUUCAAGACGAGGACCAGCUCUGUGGCCUGGCACUCGGACGUCUCUUACGAGCGGCAGCCUCCCGGGACGACGUUCCUUUACAUCCUGGACAAGCCCGAGGUCGGCGGUGACACCAUCUUCGUCGAUGCCGUUCAGGCGUACAAGCGAUUGAGCCCGCUGUUCCAGGAGCGUCUGCACGGUCUCCAGGCGACGCACUCGGGCAUCGAGCAGGUUAAUGCGGCUGCGGCUCGCAACAGCAUCAAGCGACGUGACCCCGUCGUUCACCCUCACCCCAUUGUCCGAACUCACCCCGCGACGGGCGAGAAAGCUCUUUACGUCAACCCCCAGUUCACUCGUGACAUUGUCGGCAUGAAGAAGGAGGAAUCCGACGCCAUCCUCAACUUCCUGUACACUCAUCUGGCCCAGGGAGCCGACUUCCAGGCCCGCGUCAGGUGGGAGGACAGGACCGUCGUUGUUUGGGACAACCGAGUGACCCAGCACAGCGCUCUGGUAGACUGGGACAACGGUCAGAGGCGACACCUUGCUCGCAUCACGCCCCAGGCUGAGGAGCCCUACGAGACUCCCUUCCAGGGGUGAAAGAAAGAAAAAGAGGAAAGGGAUGAAGGUGAAUUUGUGACCAUAUUAGCGAUAUGACUUGAUGUUUACAGGCAGCUAUUGGCCUUGUAC